CGCGUGCGCGCUGAGGAGCGAGGCUGCGUUCACUUCCGGGGCUGGAAGCGGCGGCGUGUUCGGGACUGAGCGGCUGAGGGACUGAGGAGAGCAGCGGGACCAUGGCUCGCAACGCGGAGAAGGCCAUGACGGCCUUGGCAAGAUUUCGGCAAGCUCAGCUCGAGGAAGGCAAAGUCAAGGAGCGAAGGCCUUUCCUUGCAUCAGAGUGUAAUGAGCUGCCCAAAGCUGAGAAAUGGAGGAGACAGAUCAUUGGGGAGAUUUCCAAGAAAGUGGCACAGAUCCAAAACGCUGGAUUGGGUGAAUUCAGAAUUCGGGACCUGAAUGAUGAAAUAAACAAACUUCUGAGGGAGAAAGGACACUGGGAAUACAGAAUAAAGGAGCUGGGAGGUCCUGAUUAUGCUAGGAUUGGCCCAAAAAUGUUAGAUCAUGAAGGGAAAGAAGUUCCAGGAAACAGAGGCUACAAGUACUUUGGUGCUGCAAAGGACUUGCCAGGAGUUAGAGAACUUUUUGAAAAGGAACCCCUGCCACCCCCACGGAAGACUAGGGCUGAGCUGAUGAAGGACAUCGACGCCGAGUACUACGGCUACAGGGAUGAGGAUGAUGGGAUUCUGGAGCCCCUGGAGCAGGAGCAUGAGAAGAAAGUUAUAGCAGAAGCAGUGGAAAAAUGGAAGAUGGAGAGAGAAGCACGACUUGCAAGAGGUGAGGAGGAGGAGGAAGAAAACAUCUAUGCUGUCCACGAGGAAGAGUCUGAUGAGGAGGGUGGCAAGGAGAGAGAAGGUGAAGAUGGCCAACAGAAAUUUAUUGCACAUGUUCCAGUGCCAACUCAACAGGAGAUUGAGGAAGCUCUUGUACGGAGGAAGAAGAUGGAGCUGCUCCAGAAGUAUGCCAGUGAAACCCUCCUGGCACAGAGCGAGGAGGCAAAGACACUCUUAGGACUGUAACAUUGCAUCAGUGUCCUGGUUUGUGUAUAAUCCCUCUGAAAGCAGCAGGUUCCCAAGUUCUGGUAGCAAUGGGUUUUAGCUCUGGAAAUUCCUCUGGAUGUGGAGCAAACUGCUGGACUUACAGUGCUGUGUGCAGAAGGAGAAUCAUUCUGGUUUCUCCUCUAGGAUGACUUGUACUCCAGUGCUGAAAAAGGUCAAACCUUGAUGAACUUGUCUCUGCAUCUAACAGCUGUCUUCAGUGCUUUCCGUUUGGGAAGGGGUCUGUGCACUGGGGCCUCUUACAGAUAGAACCACACCUAAACCUGGAAGAAAACCCACACUGUUCCUGCCGUCCUGUCUGCUGUGUCCUGACUGUAGGUGUGCACUUCUUCUCAUGCUGGGUUUUGUUGAGCUGAGAAGUAACUUACACUAUUACACCUGCUUAGUUUACCAGAAUAACCUGGAACCUGUCUAGAGGUGCCUUGAAGGCAGAUCUUACGAGUGACUUUGGAGGACAUUUGAUUCUUUCUAAAACACAUGCAACAUCUAAAACCUGUUACCCUUUUUGUGGUUUGUAACUGCCUGGAUGAACUGCUUAAAUGCUGGACAUUCCAGCAGCUGCUGUAAAAAACUUCACAAUACCUUGUUCAAAUAUUUUUAUUAAAACUUAUUUACAAGCUGA